AUGAUUGAUAAACUCAAUCAUGAACUUCAUCAAAAGUUAAAAGAUGCAUCAGAAAUGACUUUUCCAUCAAUUCACACAACAGUCGAUCAAGAUCAGGCUGCUCAAUACCCUGUCGAAUUUCUGAACACACUUAAAUCCAUUGGAACGUCACCGCAUAACUUGACAUUAAAGCCGGAUGCUCCCAUAAUGUUGCUCAGGAAUUUUGACCCACCUCGCUUGUGUAAAGGAACUCGCUUAACUGUUACUUCCGUGAAGCCCCAUGUCCUACAGGCAACAAUCAUAACAGGUAAUAACAAAGAAGAAAAUGUCUUUAUUCCAAACUUACCUCUCGUACCUACAAAUGUUCCAUUUGAAUUUAAGAGGCUUAAGUUUCCAAUUAAACUAAAUUUUGGUAUUUCAGUUAGAAAAUCUCAGGAUCAAAUCCUCAAGGUAGUUGGACUUAAUCUCUCUUCUUGA